CCCCGAGCCGAGCGGCGCCCGCGGAACGGUGCCGGAGUCGGGGGUCAGGACGGGGCUGUCGCCGUGGGUAUGCCGGCAGGGCCUGGGCACCCCUGGUACGGCCUCGAGGGUCCUCAGCACGAUCCAGGGACCCCUGGUACGGUCCGGAGACCCUCACCACAGCCUGGGGACCUCUGCCACAGCCUGGGAUGCCCCAACGCGGCCUGGAGCCUCCUGCUGUGGCCCGGAGUCCCUGCCCGCGGCCAGGGCACCUCCGCUACAGCCUGCAGGCCACUGCCGUGGUCUGGAGAUCCCCACCGUGAUGUAAAGAUCCUCACCAGAGCACUGAGACUUCCUCCACAGCUUGGAGAUCCCUGGCAUGGCCUCAGGGCCACCACCAUGGCCUGGGCCCCCUGGUAUAGCCUUGAGAUGCCCAUCACGGGCUUGGCACCUUUGCCGUGGAGGGAGGUCUCGUUUGGAGUACACCCUGGUGUGGAGGACCCCAUUGCCUGGAGGACCUGAGGACUUGGCAGGCAUCCCAGCACGGGUGGCAGGCAGCAGGGCCUCGCCCGAGCAGAGGGCACCGGCAGGACUGGCUGGGAGCGUGGGCAAGGCUGGGCAGGCAGGGGGUGCCCAGGGUAUUUGGGGCUUGCUGGCGAUUUCCUGCCGGGUGAGUCAUGGCCGCAGCAAGCCCUGAGCCAAGCAGCUGCGUGGGACUGCCUGGCACUUUCGGGAAGUGAAACCAGUGCCAGGAAAACACCCCAACAGCCCAGGGCCAUGCAAGCACAGCCACACGUGUCCCUGGCACUGCCAGCGUGGCGCAACCACCGGCACCCCGCAUGGACACCGGGCACGCUGAAGGGCAGAGCCUGCUGGGAAGCUGGUGGCAAAGAGUGCCCUCGAAGGCACAGCAUGUGCCCAGGGCAGCACAGGUGGGCACGAGGGACCAAGCAGGCCCUGCUGCCUCUGGGCAUGGGGCGGUGAGGGCAGGAGGGCUGACAGAGGAGGCCCUGCAGCGCCAGAGGAAGCCAUGGGGAAGUGGCAGCGCUUGCGCCACCAGCCCCUCCCCGGCAGCAGCCAUCCCGGCCCUGACGAGGGCAGGCGUCACGGUGCCCGGCUGGGCUGGGGCAGUUCCUGCUGAGUCAGGCAGCUCUCCAAGGGCUGUGCUCCCACGGGGUGACCCCAAGCAUCGCCCCAGCUCUGUGCCCAACUCACCAGCACCAAAGCAUGCCCCCUGCUCUGCCCCCUACGCAGCCCCCGCUCAGCCCUGUGGCGCCACUGGGGCACAGGCAGCCCCCCCCAGCCCUGCCAGUGUCACCAGAGGAACUGGGCAAGCCCAGGGCGUUGCGAAAGGUGGAAAUCCCACUCUGACGAUGCUUCCUUCCAGGCACCCUUGAAAACCUCCUGUGCCCAGCCAGGGCUCACAGAGCACCCAGGCCACGCUGCAGGCACCACAGGCACAGCGGCACUCAACAGGUACCAGCAGGUCUCUGCCCAGCUUUGAGCAGCCACCAGUGGACAUGGCCUUCGUUCCCGACCUGGACAUGCUGGAGAGCAGCAACCUGAGCGAGGACACCUUUUACGGCCCCGAGUGCCUCUGCCCGCAGGAGAAACCCCAUCGGGAGGUGAAGGUGAUGUCACCUGAGGUAGGCAUCCAGGUGACAGUGACCGAGGGGCACUCUGCCAGGACCUUCCGCCAGGCUGCGGUGCUGGUGGCAGCUGUGGCCAAGCUCCGCAGGCAGCCGCGCAGGGACUUCGCCGACAGCGACCUUGGGGACCUGCUGGAUGAGAUUUUCGAGCCAGUGCCCUUCCAGCACACGGAGGGCAGCCGCGCAGGGGCUCCUGUCUACCGCUACACUCGCUCCCAGUCCUUCGACAUCCUCGACAUCGACCACAAGUGCUUCGUGCUGGAGUCACCCACCCAGCUGGUGGCACUGCACCUGCAGGGGCCCUCUGCCAAGCACAAAGUGAAGCUCAACAUUGCUCUGUACCGUCCCCGAGCGUCGCAGAGUGGGCUGGGCACCGGGCAAAUGCCAGUGGCAUUGGGCAUCAAGGGCUACCAGCUCUACAUGGCCUGCGUGCUGAGCGGGGCCCAGCCUGUGCUGCAGCUGGAGGAAGCUGACAUCCGGAGGGACAUCGACAGCUCGGAGCUGCUUCGCUUCAUCUUCUUCCGCCUGGACAGCCCUGCGGAGGGCACCACUCGCUUCGAGUCCGCUGCCUUCCCCGGCUGGUUCGUCUGCACCUCGCUGCAGCCUCGCCAGCCUGUGGGCAUCACCAACCAGCCCGACCAGGUCAACAUUGCCACCUACGAGCUGAGCAGGCGCUGAGGGCCCCCCGAGCCCUACCCAACCCAACCGGCAGUUGCCGGUUUUCAGGCUGUAUGUACCGAGUACAACCUCCCCGCAGCGGGACACACCCCCCCCCCCCCAUCUCUAUUUCAGGUGAAAUAGCAGCUCUGGGCCCCGUGGGCCCAAAAUGCCCCCCCAGGGCUAUUAAUUUAUUGUCCCCCUUUAAGCUUUUCAUACUUAUUUAUUGUGCCCACAUACACCACACCCCCCCUGCCCCUGCUGGCAGCUUGUACCUGGCACUGGGAAUGCCAGGGGUUGGUUACCAGGUGUGGGGGUGCUGGUUGGUG